AUGUGGGGUGAUGUGAAACAUGGGGGAUGUGCAACACCGCCGAUUUCUGAUCUACAGUUCGACAUUGAACAGAUCCAAAUACUAGUUGAGAAAUGGGUCCAAUUGGAUAUUGGUCAAGAAGCAACACACAUCCUCUCCUAUCUAACAAGUCUUCCUGCAAUACCGUCUAAUGAAUUUUUUAAUGCUGUGAAAACAGUACAAGACAUGGUUUCGAAUACAUUGACUGAAAAAACUACACAUUUCGUUAACGAAAUAUCUAACAUCAUAAUUUGGGGAACAAAUUUAAUUCCCAUAACAGAAAGCGUCUAUGAAAGAUCGAAUAAUUUAAUUGAAUUGAAUAACAUCAAACUGAGAAAUAAAUUGCUGAAUGCAAAAUCAUCCGAAGAAUUCAUAGCUAAAGAAAGAAUGAAGAAAGUAAGGCAGGAAGAAACGGAGGAGCAAAAAAUAAUUAGGAGAGAGAAUUACAGGUUAAGAAAACGUAGUAGACGAGAAACAGCAACUGAAAUUGAAAAGAAAAAGCUCCAAAAAAUAGAUUCAGAGGCUAAGCGAUUUUUGAAUGAAAGAAAUGAUAAGAUUCGUAAUUCUACUAGUAAUAAUGACAAUAAAGGUUCUAUAAUUGAGCACCCCAAAAGUAAGUGUCUUUUAAAUGAAGAAAAUGAUAAACAAAGAUUGUGUGCAAUAAAAGCUAAAGAAAGAAUGAAGAAAGUAAGGCAGGAAGAAACGGAGGAGCAAAAAAUAAUUAGGAGAGAGAAUGACAGGUUAAGAAAACGUAGUAGACGAGAAACAGCAACUGAAAUUGAAAAGAAAAAGCUCCAAAAAAUAGAUUCAGAGGCUAAGCGAUUUUUGAAUGAAAGAAAUGAUAAGAUUCGUAAUUCUACUAGUAAUAAUGACAAUAAAGGUUGUAUAAUUGAGCACCCCAAAACUAAAGAAAGAAUGAAGAAAGUAAGGCAGGAAGAAACGGAGGAGCAGAAAAUAAUUAGGAGAGAGAAUGACAGGUUAAGAAAACGUAGUAGACGAGAAACAGCAACUGAAAUUGAAAAGAAAAAGCUCCAAAAAAUAGAUUCAGAGGCUAAGCGAUUUUUGAAUGAAAGAAAUGAUAAGAGUUGUAAUUCUACUAGUAAUAAUGACAAUAAAGGUUGUAUAAUUGAGCACCCCAAAAGUAAGUGUCUUUUAAAUGAAGAAAAUGAUAAACAAAGAUUGUGUGCAAUAAAAGCUAAAGAAAGAAUGAAGAAAGUAAGGCAGGAAGAAACGGAGGAGCAAAAAAUAAUUAGGAGAGAGAAUGACAGGUUAAGAAAACGUAGUAGACGAGAAACAGCAACUGAAAUUGAAAAGAAAAAGCUCCAACAAAUAGAUUCAGAGGCUAAGCGAUUUUUGAAGGAAAGAAAUGAUAAGAUUCGUAAUUCUACUAGUAAUAAUGACAAUAAAGGUUGUAUAAUUGAGCACCCCAAAAGAGUUGCAAUUAUGCCUUUUGAAAAUUUUGAUGAAUGUAAAUUUGAACAAAAUUAUUUGGGUUUGUUGAAUGUUAAGUGCGAGUUUUGUGCUGCAUUACAUUUUAUGUGUGAAAGACCACUAGAUAAAAAAUUUAGUAGUUGCUGUCAUAAGGGAAAAGUAAAAUUAGAUGAUUUAAAUGAUUAUCCGAUUUAUUUACGUAAUUUAUUAAAUGAUUCCAACUUGGAUGGUAAAAAUUUUAGGGAAAAUAUUCGUUCUUAUAACAGUUCUUCUGCUUUUGCCAGUAUGGGAGCUAAAUUAGAAAUUCCUAAAGGGUAUGGUCCUUAUGUUUUUCGUAUACAUGGACAAGUUUGUCAUAAUACAUAUGCUCUUCAUCCUAAUGAUGGUGACAGUUUAAAAUAUGGUCAGCUGUAUAUUCUUGAUACUAAUGAAGCUGUAUUUGAACGAUUAAAAAAUGAAUCAAAUAAAAAAUGUUUACCAUCAUUACUGGAAGGAAUAGAUAAAUUAUUAAGAGAGGUCAGUCCAUUUGCAGAUACCUUGAAAAUGAUGAGAGAAAUAGAAUUAGAAGAAGAAACUAGAGCGAAAUUGAAAAAUAAACCUAUAAGGGAUAUUCAAAUGUGGAUCAAACGGGAUAGAUCAUUAAAUCAAAGUAAAUUCAAUGUACCAUCUUGUAAUGAAGUAGCAGUUGUAUUUGUGAGUGAAAAUGGUGAACCUCCAGUGGAUCGUGAUAUAUGUAUACAUCCAAAAGGUUCUGAAAGUAUUCCCAUUUCUAUUCUUAGUGCAAACGCUGAUCCUAUGAUAUAUCCUUUAAUGUUUCCUUCAGGUGAUUUAGGAUGGACUGUAAACAUUAAGCAAAUUAAUAGUGUUCGUAAUGUUACUGCUUUACAAUUUUAUAUGUAUCGCCUUUCUUACAGAGGAAUGUUUAAUCCAUGUACGCAAAUGGGAAAAUUAAGUCAACAAUUUAUAGUUGAUAUUUGGUCAAAAGUCGUAGCUGGACGCAUAAGUUUCAUUUAUAAAAAUCAAAAACAACUUCGAGUAGAAAUGUACUGUGGAUUAAUGGAUUAUGUACAUAAUAAAGCAAAUAGAGAAAAUGUAAAACCAGGAAGAAUAAUUAUUUUACCAUCAACAUUUACUGGAGGACCACGUUCGUAUCAACAAUCUUUUAUGGAUGCCAUGAGAUUAGUUCAAGAAUUUGGAAAACCUGAUUUAUUCAUUACAAUGACAUGUAAUCCAAAAUGGCGAGAGAUUAGAGAAAAUUUGUUGGAAGGUGAAAUUGCGUCUGAUCGACCGGAUAUUGUACCUAGAGUUUUUCAACAAAAGGUAAAAUCGCUUAUGAGUGAAUUAAAAGAUAAAAAUAUUUUUGGAUCAGUUCUCGCUUAUGUGUAUGUAAUAGAAUUCCAAAAGCGUGGAUUGCCACACAUACAUUUAAUUUUAUUUUUGGAUAAAACUUUUGCGAUUCGUGAUGCAGAAUCUGUAGAUAAAAUAAUAUGUGCAGAAAUUCCAGAUGAAACAAAAAAUCCAGAACUUUUUAAAAUUGUAAAACAAUUUCAAGUCCAUGGACCUUGUGGAAAGCAAAAUAUGAAUUCGCCUUGCAUGAAUCCGGAAACAAAAAUUUGCGUGAAACAUUAUCCAAAACCAUUUUGUUCAGAAACAAAUUAUGAUUCAAAAAACUAUCCGGAAUAUAGACGAAGAAAUGAUGGAAACGCGAAAAUGGUUUCAAACAAGAUGGAAUUGAAUUUUGGCAAGGAAUCAGAUCAUUAUUCUUCGUCUUGUUCUUAUUCGUGGUCAUCCUGGUCUCUCGAGGAUGAACAUGAAGAAGCUAUCGAUAUUGUUCGAAGAGGGAGGGAGAUUUGUAGUUUGGUUCCGGGGGACAAGAAUGUGACUCUGAGGGGCCACCUCUUGACAAGGUUGCUUGUUGGAGAAACAAAGGAGCAUUCUAUGCCCUUUGUUGAAAAGGUCAAGAGAUAUUUUCGGUACAAGACUCACUUCCAGCAACUCGGAUCGGAGAGAGGGGUAGAGUGGGAUGGAAAGCCAGGGUAA